UACAAAGUGUGCUUCGCGUUUUAAGAGUUAUUUGUUAUUUCGAAUGAAAUUUCGUUGUGAUGUUUAAAAUAUUGCUAGUUUAUUAAUGUGAUUUAAUAAUGGCUCCGACAAUUCAGACAAAUGGCAGUACAACUGAAAGGGACAAACGUACAGCCAGGCCAGCAGAGAAAAGGUCUGAGUUAAUAUGCAGAGUUAAAUAUUGCAAUACAUUACCAGAUAUACCAUUUGAUCCUAAAUUUAUUACAUAUCCUUUUGAAUCAACACGGUUCAUUCAAUAUAAUCCAACUUCACUGGAACGUAAUUAUAAAUAUGAAGUACUGACAGAACAUGAUUUAGGUGUAGAGAUUGACCUUAUAAAUAAAGAUACAUAUGCUGGAGAUGUUAAUGCUCAGUUAGAUCCUGCUGAUGAAAAACUUUUGGAAGAAGAUGUUCUCACUCCACAAGAUUCCAAAAGAUCUAGACAUCAUGCCAGAAGUGUAUCUUGGCUCAGACGUACUGAAUACAUUUCCACAGAACAAACCAGAUUUCAACCACAGACUGUGGAUAAAGUUGAAGCCAAAGUUGGUUACAGCAUCAAAAAGAAUUUCAAGGAAGAAACAUUAUAUAUGGACCGUGAAAGUCAAAUAAAAGCUAUUGAAAAAACAUUUGAGGAUAAUAAGAAAUCAAUUGAAAGACAUUACAGUAAACCAAAUGUAGUACCUGUAGAAAUUUUGCCAGUAUUUCCAGAUUUCAAGCUAUGGAAAUAUCCUUGUGCACAAGUCAUAUUUGAUUCUGAUCCAGCUCCAACUGGACGUUCUGUGCCAGCUCAAAUUGAAGAAAUGUCACAAGCUAUGAUUCGGGGUGUGAUGGAUGAAAGUGGUGAACAGUUUGUAGCAUACUUUUUGCCCUUAGAAGAAACUUUAGAAAAACGUAGAAGAGAUUUUACUGCUGGUAUUGACUAUGCAGAUGAUGAAGAAUAUGAAUAUAAAAUGGCUAGAGAAUAUAAUUGGAAUGUUAAAAGUAAAGCUUCAAAGGGAUAUGAAGAAAAUUAUUUCCUUGUCAUAAGACAAGAAGGGGUAUAUUAUAAUGAACUUGAAACGCGAGUACGUCUUAGUAAACGUCGUCAAAAGGCUGGGCAACCAGCAAAUAAUACGAGGUUGAUAGUGAGACAUCGGCCACUUAACGCCAAUGAAUUUAAAAUGCAAAGAUACAGAGAAAAGCAAUUGGAACCACCAGGAGAAGAAGAUGAAGAUGAGGAAGAAGAAGAAGAAGAAGAAGAAGAGGAAGAGCCUCAACAAGAAGCUGAGAAAACAGAAGAAAGAGGAGAAGGUUCCGAAAACGAAGCAGAAUCCAGAGCAUCAUCAAGAGCAUCUUCGCGAGCAUCUAGUAGAAAAUCCCGUUCUCGUUCAAAAUCUGGUUCUAGAUCAAAAUCUCGAUCUGCGUCACCAUCAAAAUCCAGAUCUGCUUCCCGUUCACGUUCCGAAUCACAAUCCCCCUCCAGAUCACAUAGCAAGUCGAGAUCAAGGUCUGGUACUCCACAAUCUAGAAACUCUUCUAAAUCAAGAUCACGGUCAAAGUCAGCUUCAAGGUCUCGCUCUAGAUCUCCAGCUAAGUCUCGAUCUGGAUCUGUAUCAAGUUCAAAAUCUAGAUCAAAAUCGAGAUCUCCUUCAAGGUCAAGAUCAGCUAGUGGUAGUGGUAGUGGAUCUGGUAGUGGCAGUGGCGAAAGUGGUUCAGAGAGUGAAUAAAUAAUAAAAACUUUCCAAUUUUUAUAGCAGUAUUUACUAAAAUGAUCAUACAUUCUUUAAGAUCAAUUAUAGUUCGUUACAUUUUGGAAAUGUUCAACCAUUGUAUGUAUAUAAUGAUUAUCAUGAAUGUAAAGAAUAGUACGA